GCGGCUCCGCGGGGCAGGCGCUGAGCGCACGGCGGCGGCACCCGGCGCAGAGGCUCCGGCGCGGGGAGCCGGGCUCAGCCCCGGCCUGCGUGCGCCGCGGUCCUAGCCCACCCGAGGCCGGCCUGGGGGGCCCGCAGGGCGCGCGGAGCGCCGAGUGCGCAUCGGGCUGGGCCCCGCACCCCGGUGCAGGAGCGCGGGCGCGACGCGGCGGAGCGCCCCGCAUGGAGCCGGCCCGGGAGCCCCCUGCAAGGGCCCGGCCGCCGCCGCCGGUAGCCGCGCGCCCCGCGCCCGCCCCCACCGCCCCCGCCGCCCCCGCCGCCCCCAGGCCUCGCUCGCCCGCAGAGGCUGAGGCCCGCGGCCCCGAGGGGCUGCUGCGGCGAUCCGGGUCGGGCUACGAGGGCAGCACCAGUUGGAAGGCGGCCUUGGAGGACACCACCACACGUCUCCUGCUGGGUGCCAUCGCGGUCCUUCUGUUCGCCAUCUUGGUGGUGAUGAGCAUCUUGGCUUCCAAGGGCUGCAUCAAGUGUGAAGCGCCCUGCCCAGAGGACUGGCUGCUCUACGGAAGGAAGUGUUACUUCUUUUCUGAGGAACCCAGAGACUGGAACACAGGCAGGCAGUACUGCCACACCCACGAGGCAGUGCUGGCUGUGAUUCAGAGCCAGAAGGAGCUGGAAUUUAUGUUCAAGUUCACGCGGAGGGAGCCCUGGAUUGGACUACGCAGAGUUGGGGACGAAUUCCACUGGGUCAACGGGGACCCGUUUGAUCCAGACACGUUCACCAUCGCAGGUCCAGGGGAGUGUGUCUUCGUGGAGCCCACCAGGCUGGUGUCGACGGAGUGUCUGAUGACCCGGCCCUGGGUGUGCAGCAAGAUGGCCUAUACGUGAGGUGGGUGGGGCCAGAGGUGGCCCCUCCCCCCAGGCCUGUGGGAGGUGUCUGCCCGAGACCUGCUCCAGCGGAGCCGCCUGCCCUCUGCAAGACCAAGCAGUGGGGUGGGUGGCCUCUGCCCCAGGCCCCUCUCCCAGGCCCUGGCGCUCUGAGUCCCUGGUUCCUGGCCUCCUUUGUCUCCAGGCAGGUCGUGUGGCUCAGCAGUUAAAUCCCAUAUGCUAAGUAGUGUAGGCAUCUGCCCACCUACGCGCACACACACACGCAUACGCACACGCACGCACACGCAUACGCACACGCACGCACACACACGCACACGCACGCACACACACACAUGCAUACGCACAGGCACGCACACACACUGUCCCCUCUGAAGCUCAGUGUCCACCCUGAGCCACCCCACAGAUCUCUCUCUGGCCCCCUAGAAGCCCUCUCCUCACUGCAGCCCUGGUGCUCUGGGGAAGGAGGAGCAUUGACAGGUGGUUUGACUGUUCACUCAGUAGUCCUGCUUCCCCAGUGGUUUCUCUCAUGGCUGCCGGUGGAGGCAGGCUGGGAAAGCUUCCCCCUCACCUAGGCCAGGCCAGCCCUGGGCCCCAGAGGUCCCCUGCGUCCCCCUUCUUUGCCUUGCCUAGGUUCUCAGGCAGGGCCCCUGCUGUGUCCGUGGUGCUUUGUAUUGGUCACUAACGGAAUAAAGAGUUAAUAACUCGUGUCCAGA